AGCCCGGUUUUGCCAUUUGUGUCUCCUUGAAGACCCAUUUCUGGGCUGCUUAACUGGAUCAGACAUGUGCAUCCCACACAACAAAGGCCAGUGCAUGGUGAUUAACAUCUAUAAUGGUUCCAAGCUGAAAUAUCUGGUCAGAGGCUGUGGUGAGCAUAGUUCCUUCCAUUGCAAGGAGGUCCAAAGUGGCUUCAUCCUUAAUUACUGGUUCAGUGCCCAGUGUUGCCAAUAUAAUUACUGUAAUGCCUGGUUCCAGCCCCAGCGCCAGGGUCCUCUCCCUGGGACCCCACUCCCAGAGGGGCUUUUGUCCUUGGCCCAGAUCCAGCAGUUCUAUAUGAUGCUGAACCUCUCCCUAUCCCUGCCCACUCCAGCCCCAGGAGAGCCAGAGGAUGUUGGCCUCCCACAUGCCCCUCUGAAGCUGAAUUUGCCUGUGGAACACCUUCACAUCCUUUACCAGUCUUUCAUCAAGGAUGGUCUUCUGAUCCUUCCCCAGGCUAAGCCAUGAUUGCCUGUUACGGCACCCCUCUCUCCCAUGCACCUCAUCCCUAUGUCCCAUAGUAUCUUCUUGCCACUGUCCUUAAUGAUAAUUGUAUCAAUAUACUAACUUCUAAUGUUUGUAGAUCGUUUCAUUGUCAUCUUAUUUAAUCCGCACCACUCUAGGAAGUAGGUAAUAA